AUGGAUGAAGGGACUUAUGAAGACUUGGAGCUGAUAGAUGAUUCAGAUACGCCAUACAGAGUUGUUGACAGUUGGAACAAGAUUCUACUAGAACCAGGGAGUAAAAUUUUCUGGCCGGAUCUAUUCGAGAUGGAUGUGAGAACCCGAGAGCAACAAGAGCAAGCAGGAGGUGAGGAAGGAGGUGAGGAAGGGGGCGAGGCAGGGGGCGAGGCAGGAGGCAAGGCAGGGGGAGAGGCAGGAGGCGAGGCAGGAGUUGAAGUAGGGGGCGAGGCAGGGAGCGAGGCAGCAAAAGUAGAGGAGUUGGAACAAGACAAGAUUCAGAGAGAAAGUUGGCCAUUCCAGUUUGGUGAAGCUGAAACCGGAUAUGCUUCAGGAGGCAGAAGAAGAGAUAAGGAUGGUGAUGAAGAGGCUGAGAUGCAUGGUGAUAAGGAGGGUGAUGAAGAGGCUGAGAAGCAUGGUGAUAAGGAGGGUGAUGAAGAGGAUGGUGAUGAGGCAGAGGCUGAGAAGGAUGGUGAUGAGGCAGAGGCUGAGAAGGAUGGUGAGAAACAGAUUGAGGCAGAGGCUGAGAAGGAUGGUGAGAAAGAUGGUGAGAAACAGAUCGAGGCAGAGGCUGAGAAGUUGAUGCAAGAUACUGAAGAGAGAUUUGAUGAUGAUGGAGAUGAGCAAUCUACACUUCAAAUUAUGGCAGACACUGCAGUGAGAUUUGAGAAGGCUGCUGCGGAAAAAGCUGUUGCGGACAAGACAAAUGAGGUUGUGGAUGAUGAUGAUGCUUUGGAGAAGGAAGGUGAGGUUAGAGUUGAUGAUGCCUUAGAGAAGGAAGGUGAGGUUGGAGUUGAUGAUGCUUUAGAGGAGGCAGCUUUGGUUGGAGUUGAUGAGAUGCCAAAGAGGGUGCCCAAGCGUUCUCAUUUGUUGAGGUCUCCUUUUACGCCAAACUGA